AUGGAUCAACCAUCCCUAUGUGAUUUUGUUUUGAAUUAUGAUAUGACCGUCGCUUCCGAUCAUUUCGACAACGGUACCUUCGAGGAGGAGGAUGACAGGGGUGCUGGAGAGGAUGAUGAUAUUUCCUUAGGUUCCGAGGACAAUGAAUUUGAUAGUUGUGAUGACGACGACGAUGAUGAAGACACUGGGGAAGAAGAACCGGAGGGUAAUGCUAGGGUGCCCCAAGUAGAGCAGGAAAAUGAUGACGGCGAUGGAUCCAAUGCUAGUGAUGAGAAAAUAAGUGGUAAUGAGGAGUAUAGGGAUAGGUCAAUGGGUCGGACUGUUAAUAAUGCUGAUGAAUGA